AUGGAUCAAUUUGAGACAAUUGAAGGCAAGAUUCUAUACAUCACAUACAAUUUAUAUAAGUAAAAUCGCAUCUGUAUUCAAUAAAAGAAUGAAAUAAAAGACAUGUUGAUUAGUAAAAAUCACCGUAUUGAAAAACUAUUAUAAGAACUAAGAGGAGAACACAAUGUAAGUUACAUCGAAAAUAGCCUUGAAACAAUAAAUGAUCUAAGUCCUAGAGAUUUCGACGACAGCCUUAGUAAUUCAUAUAAAAAUAAAAGACCAAAGAGAUUCAAGUUCGUAAAAUCGAAUUUCCCAAGAAACAUAGACCCGAAAGAAAUGAGAGCAAAUGAGGACACUGAUUCAUUGUCUCGAAAUUCUAAUUAAUAGUUUGAAUUUGAUUCAAGAAGACGUGUUUACUCUUUAGCUGCUGAUUCAUGUUGA